AUGCAAUGGAGCAAUACCGUGGCCGCGUACGCUCAAGCCUAUGCGGAAAAAAGAAAGGGUGACUGCGCCAUGAUUCACUCAACCGGGCCGUACGGGGAAAACAUAGCCGCUGGGUACUACCCUGAGUUUACCGGGGCGGAUGCGGUGAAGCUGUGGGCGAACGAGAAGCCGUUGUAUGAUCAUGCGUCGAAUAAAUGCGUGGGUGGUGAAUGUGGGCACUACACUCAGAUGGUGUGGCGAAGCUCGGUCCGACUUGGAUGUGCUAGAGUGCCCUGUAAGGCUAAUUCUCAGUUUGUUGUUUGCAAUUACAAUCCUCUUGGCAACUAUAUUCGGGAAAAGCCUUAUGAUUCUUUGGUGGUUUGA